GACAAGAAUAAAUUGAUGGAUGCAUUAAAACAUGCUUCGAAUAUGCUUGGUGAAUUACGAACUUCGAUGCUGUCACCAAAGAGUUACUAUGAGCUCUACAUGGCCAUUUCAGAUGAAUUGCAUUAUUUGGAAGUUUAUCUGACUGAUGAGUUUGCCAAAGGAAGAAAGGUGGCUGACCUGUAUGAACUUGUUCAGUAUGCAGGCAAUAUAAUUCCAAGACUCUACCUGCUCAUCACUGUUGGAGUUGUUUACAUUAAGUCGUUUUCCCAGUCCAGGAAGGAUAUUCUCAAGGAUCUGGUGGAAAUGUGUCGUGGGGUGCAGCAUCCAUUGCGAGGGCUGUUCCUAAGGAACUACCUACUUCAGUGCACUAGAAAUAUUUUGCCAGAUGAAGGAGAGGAGUCAGAGGAAGUCGUAACUGGAGAUAUUAAUGACUCCAUGGACUUUGUGCUGCUGAACUUUGCAGAAAUGAAUAAACUCUGGGUGCGCAUGCAGCACCAGGGUCACAGUAGAGACCGUGAAAAACGGGAACGUGAACGUCAGGAGCUGCGAAUCCUAGUUGGUACGAACUUAGUCCGGCUUAGUCAGUUGGAAGGAGUUAAUGUGGAGAGGUACAAACAGAUUGUGUUAACUGGAAUAUUGGAGCAAGUUGUAAACUGCAGGGAUGGCUUGGCUCAGGAGUAUCUUAUGGAAUGUAUUAUUCAGGUGUUCCCUGAUGAGUUUCAUCUGCAGACGCUGAAUCCAUUCCUUCGCUCUUGUGCAGAGCUCCAUCAAAGUGUUAAUGUCAAAAACAUAAUCAUUGCAUUAAUUGAUCGGUUGGCUUUGUUUGCGCAUCGUGAAGAUGGCCCUGGAAUCCCUGCUGAUAUAAAACUGUUUGAUAUCUUUUCUCAACAAGUAGCUACAGUUAUACAGGUGAAACUAAUUUUCUUGUUCCCUCUGGAAGAUGCCAUUUUCCUUAUACAGGUUGAUGCAAUACUGAACCUGGUGUCGACAUUGAUUCAGGAUCAACCAGAUCAGCCAGCAGAAGAUCCUGACCCAGAAGAUUUUGCUGAAGAGCAAAGUCUUGUUGGUAGAUUUAUUCAUUUAUUUCAAUCUGAAGAUCCUGACCAACAGUAUCUGAUCUUAAACACUGCCAGAAAACAUUUUGGUGCUGGCGGGAAUCAAAGGAUUCGUUUCACUUUGCCACCAUUGGUUUUUUCUGCCUACCAGCUGGCCUUCUGCUACAAAGAAAAUUCAAAAGUGGAUGAAAAAUGGGAAAAGAAAUGCCAGAAGAUAUUUUCUUUUGCCCACCAGACUAUAAGUGCCCUAAUUAAAGCAGAACUUGCAGAGUUGCCUCUCCGUCUGUUUCUGCAGGGAGCACUUGCAGCUGGGGAUAUUGGAUUUGAGAACCAUGAAACUGUGGCUUAUGAGUUUAUGUCACAGGCAUUCUCUCUGUAUGAAGAUGAAAUCAGUGAUUCCAAGGCGCAGCUAGCAGCAAUUACAUUGAUAAUUGGGACAUUUGAGCGCAUGAAAUGCUUCAGUGAAGAGAACCACGAGCCUUUGAGGACACAGUGUGCACUGGCUGCUUCAAAGUUGCUUAAGAAGCCAGAUCAGUGUCGUGCUGUUAGCAUCUGUGCUCAUUUAUUUUGGUCUGGGCGGAAUACUGAUAAGAAUGGAGAGGAGAUUCACGACGGCAAGAGAGUGAUGGAAUGCCUUAAAAAGGCUUUGAAAAUAGCCAAUCAGUGCAUGGAUCCAUCGCUACAAGUACAGCUCUUCACUGAAAUUCUUAAUCGAUACAUAUACUUUUAUGAAAAAGAAAAUGAGGCGGUGACUAUUCAAGUUUUAAAUCAGCUUAUUCAAAAAAUAAGGGAAGAUCUCCCAAACUUGGAAUCCAGUGAAGAAACUGAGCAAAUUAACAAACACUUUCACAACACACUGGAGCACCUGCGUCUGAGGAGAGAAUCACCUGAAGCUGAUGGACCAAUUUAUGAAGGUCUUGUCUUGUAGCUCAGCACCACACAAGUUUAUAAAGAUUCCAGAAAACAAAAUCCCUAUUACAUCUCCUUUUCUGUAGUAGAUGGUUAUAGAAUGUGCCUUUUAGACAUGCCAAGACAAUAGGAAUGCCAUUGAAAUGUAUUAUACAUAGAAUAUUCUAUCUAUUGACCAGUACUACUUUCAAGGAAGACUUUCCUUUGAUUUAAGCCAGUGAAAUUAAAAAUCUUAAUGUCAUUUAAGAGAUUGUUUUAUCUUCCACAACAUGACCUUGUAUUUACCUUUAUGUACACAUUUCAAUUUGAGCCAAAAGUGACCACACUAAUCUGUUUUAUAAACUAAAUUGUCUUGCAGUCUAAUGUAAAAUCCCUAUAUCUGAUGCUUGAAAGUUAGCUGUUUCAGCAAACCUCUAGCAGUUCACCACAUUUUGUUUGAGAGUCAAUUAAUUUAAAAGCCAGUAGUUUAUUUCAGCUGAGUAUUUGCUCAUGAAAUCUUUUCUUUUGAAGAUGGAAGUUACAAAAUAUCCUGUUGGAUAGAACAGUAAUUGUUUCAAGGAAGUGAGUAUGCAGAUUGGAUCAUAUAGGAGUAGGCUAACAGGUCCAAUUACCUCAUAUGCUAUAACCAUCUGAUUUUAUAAUUGACAAAUUUCAGUUAAUUAUAAAGCUAGAAAUUACAUGGGCACAGUUAACAUGCAAAGGUUACCAGUUUCAAAUUUGUAUUUAGUAUGUUAGAAGCAAACUUUCUAUAUUGUUAAUUGGACUCUAAUUCUCUUAGGAAUCCAGAAAUCUAUAACUGUACCACACUAAGCUAGAAUGAUAAAAAUUAACCCUCAUUGGAUAUGCUGUUAAAAGAUUUGUAACAUUUUACCUACUUUUCACAUAUUACAAUAUGUUUUGUAACAAAUUAGCCAAUUGAGAUUAGUGUACUGGAGCUCAGGACAAAGUUCUGAAACUGGCAUUAAAUUAACUUAAAUUGAUCUUUUACUUGCAAAAUUCGCUGAAGUUUGUCUUACUGAGUUAAUAAAGAACAGUGCAAGUAUUUUGCCUCUACUUUUUACUGGACACAAUAUGUAUGAUAUCUAAAACAGAAUUUGGUGAACCUUUCACAGCUUUUUAUUAUCCAAGAAACCAAGUUAAUUUUAAAGUAGUAUUAAAAUUUAAGAACAUGCAAGUUCACACUGAACUUUCUACUUGCAAAUUUUCAAGUUUGGUUUAUUUUGUCAUGCACAGAAUAUUGUAAAAGCUAAUUAACUGGUCCAUAAUCCCAAAAUUCUGCAAAUUCUUCCCAGUGUGUAAGUGUACAGAUCAAGAAUAUUAAUGGUUUGUUCGGUUACUUCCCUACAUGACCAGUUGUUAAAAUUCUGCUGUCAACUGAGGCAUCCAAGAUUAGGGAAAUGAAAAUUACCAGUGUGUCCUGAUUUAAGUAACUAUCUAUUAUCUCUGCUGGUAGUGCAUCUUUUUGGACUUGAAUGCAAGGAAUUUGAUGUUUCUGUGGUCAGAUAACUUAAAUGUUCACCAUGGAUGCUCGCACACGAUCAUUGCACACUUGGGUGGGUUACUGGAAGAUGACCAGACUAAUUUAACCAUAACUUCUAAAGCUGUUUACUCUCUAGAAUAGUUGAGAAAAUAGGGAAGGGAAGUACCAUAAAGUGCACCCUUUUCAUUAACAUGUAAUUGGAAAACAUUAAUGUGGCAUAAUAUUGACAAUAUAGCUGCUGUUUUGACUAACUUUAAAUAUGCAUGCAGCUGAAUAGAAACUCGUUUCCAUAUGUUUCUUGAGCAUCCUCCUGGAAGAAAAUGCAGUUGAACUUUGCAUUAGCUGAGAGCUAUGUGAAUCUUAUCCUUCUCCAUUCUGAAGGAUUGAUUGGAAAAAGUGUUAAUCCAUUUGUAACAAGUCCAGUUUUUGUACAGAUUGUCAAAUUAUAAAGGUUGUCUUCCAAAUUAUGCAUUAUACUAACAGAUGUGAGGCUGUUUGUGAUUUUUUUUUAUUGCAGCCAUUUUACAUAGUGUCAAUUAAUUCCAGUAAAUCUGUUUAAUGCACCUCCUGUGUGACAGUUCAUAACCCAGCAAUUUGCUGGCUAUUCUAAUCUCUGUUUGCCACCUAAAAGAGAAGGAAGUUCUGCUUUGUCAUAAUUAUUUUGACAAAAUAGCAAGCGGCAUACCACUAAAGGAAAAAGUUUUGUAGCUUGAGAUUACAAAAAACAACUUAUAAUAUACCCCACUGUGUUAAAUCAACCUUUCUAGGACAAGUGGUGAAUUGACCAGUUUCUACACCGUGGAUUUACAACAUGUAUUGUUUAGUAUUUUGUACCUAUCUUUUUCUCUGAAGGUGUAUUUUUUUCCCAUUGCCCACUCAAGUUGCUCAUUGAGAACCAUUUGUAAAAUUGGAAGCUAGCUUCUCAAAUCAAAGCAAUUCAUAGGUUUGACCCGAAGAACUUUUUUGUUUAAAGCUUUCUAAUUGUCUGACACUGUCUACAAAUGGCACACUUUUAGAAUCUGCAUUGUACUCUACAUCAGUCAAGCAGGUGAGCUAGGUGAGAGACUUCUUGCACAUUUUAAAGGUAGAGAAGUCUUGAUUAGCAGGAUGAUGAGAACUGUCCAACGUUAAUUCACUGAAAGCAGUGUAUCUUAUGCCCUAAUUGUUUUACAUUUGUCAGUCAUUUUCCUUAAUCUGUGAAAACUGUUGCAUUGUUUAUUUUAGAUAUUGAUAUUGCUUCUCUAGAAUGCUUACUCCUCAUUAUGCUGUAGGUGUAGCAGUAAUUUUGAAUUCUAUAGUAGUUGUAAAGACUAUUCCUAAAAGUAGGCACAUCACGUACUUCAUGUAAAAUCUUGAGCUGCUAAGUUGAUAAAAGGGUGGUGUUUGCUGUAUUCAGAGGUUUAUGAUGUAUUUGUACACAUGUAUCCUUGCAACCAAGCAUGUAUUCAUUUCCCCAUUUGAGAAAUGAAAUAUACUUUUUGAAAUCACUGUAACAUACUUGUAAGCUUUAUAAUUCCUUUGUAAAUUAACUGGAGUAUUAUGGUCAAUGUAUUCAACAAGAAACCUAUUAAAAUGCUUGACCAAG